AUGCAUACCAUUGAUGAUAAUAUAAAGGAUACGAUCCAAGAUAUUAUCAAAGUUAAUACAUAUUAUAAUGUUAUUGAAAGAAAUAAAUGUUACACUAGUGUAGACGAAAAAAAAACAUUCUUAUCACAAAGUGAAGAUUUUUGUAUGCAAAAUAAUAUGAAUCUUUUUUGUAAUGAGCAGGAUAUAUUGAAAACAAAUAAUGUAAUGGAAAAUGAAAGUAUGGCAAAUAAAAAUUCAAAAAACAAUAAUGAUGAUAUUAAGAUAAAUAACAAUUAUAAUCAUAUUAAUAUCAUUAAUGCAAAUAACAAAAAUAUAAAUACAAAUAUAUCAAUGACAAAUAUACCAAUAACAUGUUCUGCUUUAAAAAAAUAUAUAUAUUACGAUAUGUCUAAUUCCAAAAAAGAAAAUGGUUAUAUAAUAAAAAACGAACAAGAUAUAAGUAAUACUUUUGAUCAUACCGAAAAUAAAAGAUGUAAUGAUAGGGGUGUAGAAAAUAAAUAUGCUACGUCCUACGACGGAAAUUAUGAAAACAGUAAUGAAAACAGUAGUAGCAAUUGUCAUGACAGUAGUAGUGGCAGUGAUAAAUGGAAUUGUAAUUCACAUGAAAAUGAAGCAUAUAAUAAAAAUAGUCCCCACGUAAACGAAAUCGCCUCGUCUCAAUUAGAGUAUCACCAAAAUACAUUCCAAAAUAAUUGUAAGGAAGUAAUUUCAAAUAAAAAGGGUUCCGAUUCUUUGGAGUUAUGUACAAAUUUAACAGAAACAUGCGAAGAUAAUUAUUCUGAAGAUCGAGAAAAGGAUAUUGAAAAUAGUAGUAUUAUUAUAAAAGAGACGUUAAAUAAUGAAGAUAUUUCCGAAAGGGAUGUAUCAAAAAUAAGCACAAUGAAAAAAAUGAAAGAUAUUUGUAAAAAUAUAUAUCUACCUCAUCGAAAAGGAAGCAAUAAUAAUGUAAAAAUAAAAAAAAAUAAAAAAAAAGACACAAAUUUUAAAGAAAAUAUAAAUGAUCUGAUAAUAUGUAAAGGAGAAAAUUUGUCAAAUGAAAUUAUUGAAGAUCGUCAAAAAAGUGAACAAAAUACAAUUUCAGAUAAUUGCUCUCCAUGCCAAAUGGAAAACAGAAAUAAUAAUAAUAUCUUUUACAAACAAAUAUUUGAUGCUUCAAUAGGUAAAAGUAUAACGAAUACCUAUUGCGAGUUUAGUGAUCGAAUGCUAACCGCCACGACUAGUGCUGAAAAAUCUUCAGAAAAUUUAAGUAACACAAAUAAUGAGCAAGAUGAAAAAAUUGGAUAUUCUAACUCUCCCCUCAAUAAUCAUUUAUAUAUCACAUAUUUACACACCGAUGCUUCCCCUCCUCUUUCAGAUAUUUUAUGUAAUGAUAUAUGCCAUAAAAAUGAUGAUCGAACAAAUGACACAAAUACUGAUAUGGCAAUAUAUAUGUAUCAAAAUAAUAUGCCUAUAAAUACUAAUAACACAACAAUAAACCCAUUCAACAGUAAUAAUUCAGGAAAUACUGCCAAUAUUAUCGGGAAAGACAAACUUGAGGGAAGCCAAAGUGAGAAUGAUAUAAAAAACAUUGAUCAUGAUGAGGUUUCAAAAAAUGAAACUAAUUUACAAUUUUCCUGUGAUAAAAGUUUAAACAAUAAUGAUGGACAAAGAAAUAAAGGUGAGGACAAGAUUAAUGAAAUCAACUUUGAUGAUAAGAACAAAUCUGAGAAUGAAAAAAUUAUUAUAAAAAAAGAAAAUAUUAAACGGAAUUUAAAUUGUGAUUUGGAUCAUUGUUCAAAAAAAAAGCCUAAAACAAAUGAACAUUCUGUUAUUAAUUUAAAUGCAUACAAAAAUCAUCAAUAUGAUAUAUAUAAAAAUAAUAGUUACAAUGCGUAUAUUUUAAAGAAUCUUCGAAAUGCAUAUUUGAAAAAUAAGUUAAAAGAGCAACAAGAGGGACUCAAAAAAGUUAAAAAGCAAGAACAAAGAAAUAAAUUAGACAAAAAAGUAGAGCAAAACAUAUCAUAUGAAAACUGCAAUAACAAAAUAUUUGAUAAUAAUGAUGAAGAUUCUUAUUAUGAAAAUAUAAAAUUCACAAUAAAUCAAGAUGCAUAUAAGGAAAAUCGUGCUAUUAUUAAUAAAAAAACUGAUAAAAAAUCUGAACAAAUUAAAGGAAUGAACAUUUUGGAGAAUGAAAAUGUAAAAGAUGAAAUAAUGAGCGAUACAAAUAAUAGUAAUAACAUAAACAUAGAGUGUGUUUCUUCCAUUUGUACUGGAAAUAAAAAUGCAGACAGAAAAAAUAAUUCACUUAAGGGAUUAAAUUUAAAAAACUAUUCGAACACUAGUAAAGGACCUUAUGAUCCUAAAUUCGUAAACGAAAAUUUAUUGAAGGUAAGAAAAGAAAAAUGCAAUAAUACCAAUUUAAAUUUAUUUGAUAUAAUUAAUCUUUUAGAAAAAGAAAAAAUAGAAAAUUUAUAUUCAGAAAACGAAUUAAAAUAUAUAUUAUUCCCUAUAUAUGACAUUUAUUAUGAUAAUAAAAGUAAAAGCUGGAUACAUAAAAUUGAAAAUGAACAAAAUCCUUUAAAUGAUAAAGAAAAUAAAAAAAAUGGGUCUACUAAAAAUAGUUCUUAUCAUAAAUCACGGCAGUUAGCCUUAGAACGUAAAUAUAACUACAUUAAGGAAAAGUAUAAUAUUUUUGCAAAUCUGUCUGAAGAAGAAAAUUUAUUUUUUAUUUCAAUUAAUAUGCAUACUGAAAAUAAUCAAACAAUAAAAAAUACGACCCCAAAUUUAAAUGAAGAAAGUACUUGCUCCAAAGAAAUGAACAACGAAAUGGGGAAAAUUGACAAGGAUAACAUUUUUAAGGAGGGGGAAAAUGUAAAUACAAAAGAACAGCCAUAUGAUCAAGAAAAGCAACCAAAUGAAAUAGAAAAAAAAAAUCAAGAAUAUACGAAUAGUUCAAAUGAAUAUAUCCCCAAUCUAAAUGAAGUUUUAAAUAACAAGGAUUACAAUAUAAACAAAGAGAAUCUAACUGAGACAAUAAAAAUAUUAAAUAAUGAAGUAUCGAAUAAAAUUUCAAAGCCUUUAUUAUUACCCAAACUUGAUAAUGAAAACGAAUCGAAUAUUAGCUACAAUGGUAUUGAAAUAAAUGAUACAAUUGACAAAACUACAGAAAAGAAUAUUACUAGUGAAGAUAAUAUAGAAAAUGAAAUUACCCCUAAAAGUAAAGAUGGUUUUGUUUAUAAAAAAGAAAAUAGUGAACACACCAAUGCAAAUGAUAAGGAAAAUCUGAAACUUUCUGAAAAAGACGAUGAUAAAAUGUUUAACUCUAAAACUGAAUCGAUAUUAUACAAAGUACUAGGAAUUCGGCUUUCAAAUAGUGUGAUUGAAAAAAUGCGAAAUCUACAGAAACAAAAUAUAUUUUAUGAAAGAGAUAAGAAAAGAUGGGUCAUUAAAAUUCUCGAAAAAGAGACGAACACAUUAUUAUAUUUUAAAAAGUUUGAUUGUAAAGUUUUUGGAUUUUUAUAUGCAUGUAUAUUAACAAUAGAAUAUAAAAAUUUAUAUCUAGACUAUUUCUUAAAUGAAAAAAAUUAUGAUUUUUUAAUGAAACUAAUUCAUAAUAAUUAUAUAAAAAAAAAUACACAUUACAACACAGCCAUUUUAAAUUCCAUUCAAGAAAAUCAACUAAAUGUAAAGGAUAUUAAAAUAAAAAAUAUAGAGAAUGAAAAUACUUCAUUAUUUGAAAAUCCAAAUUUGUUAAACGAUGGUGAUUGCGCAAAUUACAAAAAAGGUGCUAACAUUAGAACUUCCAAUGGGUGCAAUUUAGAAAGAGAAAGUUUCAGUUCGAAUCGCCAAAAAUCCGAAAAUAAAGAGGCAUGCAAUACUGAAAUACAAAAUUAUGAAACAUGUAAUAGUGAUGCAUAUAAUGACCAUGAUUGUAAUAAUGAUAAUAUGAAGGAUGGGGAAAAUUAUAUUAAUCAUAUGCAAACUUCAGAAAAUGGAACAAAAAUUAAUAGUGCCCAAACCAGAGAAAUAAUAAAAGGGAAAAAACAAAAAAGUGUAAAGAAUAUUAAGGAUGUAACUGAAACUUUUACUGUAGACAUGAAUGGAGUACAAAUGUAUAAUGGAAAUGAAAAAAAAAAAAAAAAAAAAAAUUAUAGCUUAAGCAUAGAUAAAAACAAUGAAAAUGAUGUUGAACAAAAUCUAAUUGAAGACAGUAAUAUAAGCGAAACGCCAAAGCCCAAUGACACUACUAAUAAUGCUAUUAUAAUAUCUAGAAAUGAAGCCGAUCAGACAUAUAAUGAUCAAAUUAAUAACCAUAAAAAAGCAAAUGAAAAUAUAAAAAAAAUGAAAAAAGUAAAAAAUUCUUCGUUAUUUAAGAAAACCAAAAACAUAAAGGAUACAUCACAAAAUCCUAAAGAAAAUAACAAUAAUAAUUACACAUCUGAAUUAGCAUUAGAAGAAACAAACAAUUUAAUAAAAUUGGAUUCUUAUGUAGAUAAUUUAGAGCGAAACUCAGAUGUAAUAUCAUUAGCAAAACUAACCAUCCUUUUGCUUCUAAAAGACAUUAUUAAUUGCAUUCCUUCUCAAAUGGCUCCAUCCGCAAUUUCUAGAAAAAUAUAUGACCAAAAAAUAAAUGCCCAUGUUAAAUUUGUAUAUCAAUGCAAAAGUUUAAUAGAACUUAUGCCUUAUUUUUUUAUAUUUAAAAAUAUAAUUAAACAAAAAACCCUUCCUAGUGACCAAUCUUUAUAUAUUUGCAACGUCUUAUUAUAUGCUUUAUUUGAAGCAUAA